AUGCAGCGCAAAGCGGUGGACUCGCGCAUUCCUGCGCUCAUUCAAAAUGGGUUGCAAGAGAAGAAGAGAAGCUUCUUCGUCGUCGUCGGAGACAGAUCCAAAGAUGUGAUCGUGCGCCUGCACUACAUCAUGUCCCAGUUCGAUAUCAAGCAGAACAAGUCUGUGUUGUGGGCUUACAAGAACAAGCUGUUGGGCUUUACCAGUCACCGAAAGAAGCGCGAGCAAAAGAUCAAGAAGGAGAUCAAGCGAGGAAUCCGAGAAGCCAACACCGAGGACCCCUUCGAGCUGUUUGUGUCGCUACACAACAUCCGAUAUACCUACUACAAGGAAACCGACAAGAUUCUCGGUCAGACCUUCGGCAUGUGUAUUCUUCAGGACUUCGAGGCCAUCACACCCAACAUCCUCGCGCGAACGAUCGAGACCGUCGAAGGUGGUGGAUUGGUUGUCUUGCUGUUGAAGGGCAUGAACAGUCUGAAGCAGCUCUACAGCUUGUCCAUGGACGUCCACUCACGAUACAGAACCGAGGCUCACGACGAUGUGGUGGCUCGUUUCAACGAGCGAUUCAUUUUGUCUCUGGGUAGCUGCGACUCAUGUUUGGUUAUCGACGAUGAGAUGAACGUGCUUCCCAUUUCCGGUGGCAAGGGUGUCAAGAAGUUGCCUCCUCCUGACCUCGAUAACGCCAAGACGGAAUCCCAAGUUGAGCUCGAAGCUAUGAAGGAGCAGAACGAGGGCCGACAACCCGUUGGGCCUCUCAUUUCUCUCGCCAAGACUGUCGACCAGGCCAAGGCUCUCGUUACAUUCACAGACGCUAUCGCGGAGAAGACUCUGCGAAGCACAGUUACUCUUACUGCUGCUCGUGGUCGUGGAAAGUCUGCAGCACUGGGUGUUGCUGUCGCAGCUGCUGUUGCAUACGGAUACAGCAACAUUUUCAUUACUUCACCUUCCCCCGAAAACUUGAAGACUCUUUUCGAGUUCGUCUUCAAGGGAUUUGAUGAGCUUGGUUACGCUGAUCACGCCGAUUACUCUAUUAUCCAGAGCACCAACCCCGACUUCAACAAGGCUAUCGUCCGAGUAAACAUUCACCGACAACACCGACAGACCAUCCAGUAUAUCCGACCCCAGGACGCUCAUGUUCUCGGACAGGCUGAGCUGGUAGUUAUUGAUGAGGCUGCAGCCAUUCCUCUGCCUCUUGUUAAGAAGCUGAUGGGCCCUUACCUGGUCUUCAUGGCAUCCACCAUCAACGGUUACGAGGGUACAGGUCGCUCUCUUUCUCUCAAGCUCAUCAAGCAGCUGAGAGAUCAGUCACGCACAGCUUCCACCGCAGGUGAAGGCAUGGAGAUUACAGACCGAUCAACGGGCAAGACAUCGAAGACUGAGGAGUUCCAGUCUGGACGCAAGCUUCGUGAGAUCACCCUGUCUGAACCUAUCCGAUAUGCUCAGGGAGAUUCUGUCGAGAAGUGGCUUAACACUGUGCUUUGCCUUGAUGCGACUCUGCCCAAGUCAAAGUCCAACAUUAACGGAUGCCCCGACCCUACCCAGUGCCAACUUCUGAACGUUAACCGAGAUACUUUGUUCUCCUUCCACCCUGUUUCUGAGAAGUUCUUGCAGCAAAUGGUGGCGCUGUACGUUGCCAGUCACUACAAGAACUCGCCCGAUGAUCUUCAGCUUAUGAGUGAUGCGCCUGCGCACGAGUUGUUCGUUCUUGUUCCUCCCGUUUCUGAGGAUAGCGCAAGAUUGCCCGAACCUCUGUGUGUUAUCCAGGUUUCGCUUGAAGGAAAGAUCAGCAGACAGAGCGUUCUUAACAGUUUGAGCCGAGGACAGCGACCCAGUGGUGAUCUUAUUCCCUGGUUGGUCAGCCAGCAGUUCCAGGAUGAGGACUUCGCUUCUCUUUCUGGUGCUCGAGUUGUCCGAAUCGCCACAAACCCUGAGUAUGUCUCCAUGGGAUACGGAACCAAGGCCCUUGAGCUGCUCGUCGAUUACUAUGAGGGUCGCUUUGCCAACCUGUCAGAGGACGAGGAUCAAGUUAUGGAAGAGACAAUGACCCGAGUUACCGAUGCCGAGCUGGCCAACGCCAACCUCCUCGACGACGAUAUCAAGGUGCGAGACAUCAACAAGAUGCCUCCGCUGUUCUCUAAGCUCUCAGAGAGGAAGCCUGACCAGCUUGAUUACGUGGGUGUGAGUUACGGUUUGACCAGCCCUCUUCACAAGUUCUGGAAGAGAGCAUCUUUCUCCCCCGUCUACUUGCGACAGACAGCCAACGAUCUGACUGGCGAGCACACAUGCGUUAUGCUGCGACCUCUCGAGAACAGUGGUGACCGAAGCUGGCUCGGUGCUUUCUCCCGAGACUUCCACAAGCGUUUCUUGUCGCUACUCUCGUAUCAGUUCCGCGGAUUCUCCCCCGCUACAGCCCUGAGCAUUCGCGAGUCUGCGAAUACCGGUGCACAGCUGGACACAGUUGAAAUUCAACCACUGGUCAGGUCCGAUCUUGAUGUUUACAUGACUCCUUUCGAUUUGAAACGACUGGACUCGUACUCUAAGAACAUGCUCGACUACCACGUUAUCCUUGAUCUGGUUCCAACGAUCGCCCUUCUCUACUUCACAGGACGUCUCAAGGGUAAGGUUACCCUGACACCAGCUUACCAGGCGAUUCUGCUCGCUAUCGGUUUGCAGCGCAAGGACAUUGAAGUCAUUGCCAACGAACUUGGCAAGCCCGUGCAAUCGAUCCUUGCCAUGUUUAUCAAGAUUAUCCGCAAGAUGGCUGUAUACUUCGCUGAAGUUAUCUCGAAUGCUGUCGAUGCCGAGCUUCCUAAGGCCGAGCGUCUGGGCGUGUCACGCGAGGAUGCUGAUGGUGCUCAUGAUGACGAGAUUAUCGACGAGCGUUUCGUUCCUCUGGCUACUACUCUCGACGAUGAGCUCGAGGAGGGUGGCGACGAGGCCCUGAGGGAGCUCAAGAAGAAGCAAAGAGAGCUUAUUGACUCUUUGCCCCUCGACCAAUACGAGAUUGAGGGCGAUGCUCCCGCGUGGGAAGAUGCCGAGAAGCAAGUCAAGAGUGCCGCCAAGGAGGGCAAGUCAAACCCUGUCGUCAGCGUGAAGUCGUCCAAGCAGAAGCGAAAGGCCGGCCAGCAGACGGCGGCUGAGGUGUACGAGGAGGCAUUCGGGGAGAAGAAGAAGAAGGGCAGCAAGAGGGCGAAAAAGUCGGAUUAA